AUGACCACCGAGUCCAACAUUAGUAUCGCCUCUUCAUCUCUCCGAGGCAGUCCCUCAGACCGAAUCAUCAAACCACGGCCUCGCAAGGAUUCACUACAGUCCAUUUCCGGCUCUGACACCCACCCGGGCCGAGUCGUGAAGCCUCGCGCUCGAAAGUCGCCCGGGUCCGGAGCCAAGAGAUCCGAACCGGCCAAGCGCAAAUUCAUCUGUUCAUUCUCUCAUUAUGGCUGCGAUGUUGCCCUGAGUUCCAAGAACGAAUGGAAGCGCCACGUCUCCAUUCAACAUCUGCAGCUGGGCUUCUACCGCUGUGAUGUCGGGUCCUGUAAUCCUGACCUGAACCCCAAUGUCCCGGGUCACAAACGGGUCUACAAUGACUUCAACCGGAAGGACCUCUUCACUCAACAUCAUCGACGCAUGCACAAGCCUGACGGCUCUACCGGGACAAGUCCAUACCCACCCAGCAAUGCCGACCCCAAGGAGUGGAGAGCCUUUGAGGACAGCCUCGAAGAUGUUCGAAACCGAUGCUGGGUUGAGAAACGUAAACCUCCUCAGCGCAGCACCUGUGGCUUUUGUGGCCGUGUUUUCGAAGGUGAGGGCAGUUGGAACGAGCGCAUGGAACAUGUCGGCGGUCAUUUCUCCCGUGAUAUAGUCGAGGCAAAGGAAGAGCGCGAGGACGAAGAUCUGACUCGUUGGGCCGUGCAAGAAGGCAUCAUCAAGGAGGCUAGUAAUGGCCGUCAUGUGCUCAUAGACCAGCCACCCAUCGCGAGCGAAAGACCUUAUCUGGCCCGCGGAGAUCGAGAUGUUGUCAUGACCGAUGCCCCGAGUUCCGAUGGGGUCUCGCGCGACCCCGAACAGUCCCCGUCGCUGAGUGCAUCGUCAAGAAGGCCAGAAUCUGAGAGGGGGGACUACUACCAGAAGUUAGAGAGCCCUCGAGAGUCGCGUCGACUGAGUAAUGCCUUGCCUCCGAGCACCAAUGGCACCCCUCGUGCACCAUCGGUGCCCCUGCUCCAGCCAGCUCCGGCAGCCCUGGCCGGUGGUCAACCUAUCGCGCCUGCUCAUGCGGGUGCUUCCACGGCACCAUCUCUGGCUCCCGUCCCCUCACCUAGAGUCAGCCAGGUACAGCUUCAGCCUCCUCCCACUCCUCCUGAGAAGAGGGGCUACAAUCUGGCGCCGCCACCUCUGCAAAAAUCCCGGCAAUCUUCCGUUCCUGCUGCUGAAACUGAGUCUGGGAGUGGCGACCGGCUUGAAGAUCUCAUCAACCAACUGAUCCGACCCAAGCCGCCCAAGACCCACCGACGGCUGACUUGGAAAUGCGAUUGCAACCUGGAAAUGUCGGUUGACAUUGACGACGCUGACAAAGAGGCCAUUGAAAGUCUUCAAGACAUCAGCAUCAUCUGCAGUAAAGCGUCCAAUCCUUACCUCAAAGUGGCCAAGACCGGCAAGUAUCACGUUGUGGCUUGUGACGAACUGGCCAACUACGUUUUCCGGAAUUCGAAACAACCGGUCGAGCAACAUGGCCAAGCCAAGGAGAUGACGGUGAGCUAA